AGACUCUCUAAAAAGCCCAAAUCGAAUUCUUACGGGGCUCUGGAUAUGAUCGUUGUAACCCCAAUCCGGCCCGACCCGUUCCACUCGUUCUUCUACACAAAACCCUAAUCUUUUUCCAUAAACCCUGAAACCCGUUGUUUUCUCCUCUCUGGAAAACGCAACAAAACCCUUUGUACGCUUCUAUUCUCCUAGUCGCCGCCAUGGAGAUAAGUGAAGCAGCAGCGUGCACGCCGUCCAAAGUGAGCCCGAAAACAGUAGAGAAAGCACUGGGUGCUCUCCUUAAAUGGAGAGAUUCCAGAAGCAAGGAGCAGAAGCCCCAACUUCUGGAGCAAGAUGAGUUCGUCUACCUCAUACUCACCCUCAAGAAAAUCCCUCAAAACUCCCGCGUAAAUGCGCACAAAAUUCCCCUCCCUCACCCUCUAAUCAACCCAACCCAGGAUUUCUCGGAGCUCUGCUUGAUCAUUGAUGAUCGGUCCAAGUCCGGCCUCACCAAAGAUGAUGCUGCGAAGAAAAUCAAGGCUGAGAAUAUACCCAUCAGCAAGGUGCUCAAGCUGUCUAAGCUCAAGACCGAUUAUCGCCCUUUUGAGGCCAAGAGAAAGCUCUGUGAUUCGUAUGAUAUGUUUUUUGCGGAUAGGAGGAUCAUCCCUCUUCUCCCUAAGUUAUUGGGCAAGCACUUUUUUAAGAAGAAAAAGAUUCCAGUGCCAUUGGACUUGAAACACAAGAAUUGGAAAGAGCAGAUUGAUAAUGUUUGCAGGUCAGCCCUUCUUUACUUCAGUACUGGAACUUGCAGUGUGGUGAAGGUUGGGAGACUGUCCAUGGAAAGCAAUGAAAUUUUGGCCAAUGUGAUGGCUGCUAUUAAUGGGAUUGCUGAAGUUGUGCCAAGAAAGUGGGCAAACGUCAGGUCUAUUCACUUGAAAUUGCUUGAGAGCUUGGCACUGCCAGUCUAUCAGGCAGUGCCAGAUUUGAGAUUAAAGAUUGAAGCCUAUAAGAAAAAUGGUGAAGUGGUUGAUGGAGCGGCUGCUAAGGAUGAUGAGGAUAAGGAUAAGGAUAAUACUGCGGUUCACGAGAAGAAUAAGAAGAAGGGGAGAAUCCAUGAGGUUAGGUAUAUGGAUAGCAAUAUUAGUGAGACACUGGAUGAGGAUGAAAUUGGAAGUGAUUUUGAAGGGGAUGUCAGAGAAGGUGGGGAUUUUGAAGGGGACAUCAGCGAAGGUGAAGAUAGUGAGGAUGAUGUUAGGAAUGCUGACUUUGGAGAUAAGAAGAGGAAGAAGGAAGGUCAAAUGAAAAUUGAAAAAGUGGCCAGGAAGGUAGCUAAGGUCAAGAGAGGUGAUGGUGGUAUCAAGCAAAAAGGAGAAAAGGAUGAACAGGGUGCCAGGCAAAUGAAAGGAAAAGACAAGCCUGGAGGGGAGGAGGAGAAGAAAGAGAAGAAAAAGAGUGCAACUAAAUUGUUAAAGAGUGGUGAAAUGAAGUUGAAGGAUAAGAAAAAGAAGAGAAUUGCACUGGCAAAAUGAUUUAACUGAGUAAUGUACCGAGUUUUGUGGAGCAAUUACACUGCUUGAUGGAAACGGAGGCCAGGCCCCGUUAUUUAUUUCUGUCCUUUGGCUGUCAAAUUUUGGUCUGCCUUUUGUUCUGGUACUUUCAUUUUAAUCCUUAUGUUAUGUAAUGAAUAUUGAAAAAUGUUUCCUUAGCAAGUCAAUUGAUUAUGAAACUUGAUCUAGAGAAGCAUUAUGAUAGUUGUUUGUGAUGUAGUAUUUUCAAUAUAUUAGAGUUUUAAGG